CACUUGGUGAGUUAUUUUUAAAUAUGACUCUGGUAUAUCAUAUAUUACUAUAGCUUGUCUGAUCGUCUUACUCUGGACUUCCUUUAAAGUCAAUACGUGUAUAGAGGACUACCCGGGUUAAUUUCUGCCUAAUGUGUAGUUGAACACGUCCUCAAAUAUUCGACGGCAUAUAAAUACAAGAAGCUAAAGGAAUGUUGAGCACUACAAUUAAACUAAACAUGAACCUGUUUGAACUUGGAUUUGUAAUUAGUGAUUACAAAGAAGAGAAAAAAAACCGCCUGUUAGAAUGAUUUCAUAAUGGAGGAUGACGAUUUUGCCGCGUUAGUAAUUGACAUUGGAUCCGGGAUGUGUAAGGCUGGAUUCGCCGGAGACGAUGCUCCCAGGGCUGUGUUUUCCUCCAUUAUUGGUCGACCCAGGCAUACGGGGGUGAUGGUUGGUAUGGGACAAAAGGAUAGCUACAUCGGAGAUGAGGCUCAGAGCAAACGAGGUAUCCUCACCCUCAAGUACCCCAUAGAACAUGGCAUCGUCACCAACUGGGACGACAUGGAGAAGAUCUGGCACCACACCUUCUACAACGAACUCCGUGUGGCCCCAGAAGAACACCCUGUUCUUCUGACUGAGGCUCCGCUCAACCCUAAGGCAAACAGGGAAAAGAUGACACAGAUCAUGUUCGAAACUUUCAAUUCCCCUGCCAUGUACGUCGCUAUUCAGGCCAUACUGUCUCUGUAUGCUUCAGGUCGAACAACUGGAAUUGUACUAGAUUCAGGAGAUGGCGUUUCUCACACAGUACCCAUUUACGAAGGUUACGCCCUUCCCCACGCCAUCACGAGAAUGGAUCUCGCUGGACGUGAUCUUACCGAUUACUUAAUGACCAUCCUCACCGAACGUGGAUAUUCAUUCACAACUACGGCCGAAAGAGAAAUCGUCAGAGACAUCAAGGAGAAAUUGUGCUACGUGGUGCUUGACUUUGAAAGUGAGAUGGCAACUGCUUCAUCCUCAUCAUCCCUGGAAAAAAGCUAUGAGCUCCCCGACGGUCAGGUCAUCACCAUUGGCAACGAGCGAUUCAGGUGUCCCGAGACUCUAUUCCAGCCAUCCUUUAUUGGCAUGGAAUUAUCAGGAAUCCAUGAAACCACCUACAACAGUAUCAUGAAAUGUGGUGUGGACACCGCCAUGUACGUCGCUAUUCAGGCCGUUAUGUCUCUGUACGCUUCAGGUCGAACAACUGGAAUUGUACUAGAUUCAGGAGAUGGCGUUUCUCACACUGUACCCAUUUACGAAGGUUACGCCCUUCCCCACGCCAUCACAAGAAUGGAUCUCGCUGGACGUGAUCUUACCGAUUAUUUAGCGACCAUCCUUACAGAACGUGGAUAUUCAUUCAAAACUACGGCCGAAAGAGAGAUCGUCAGAGACAUCAAGGAGAAAUUGUGCUACGUGGCGCUUGACUUUGAAAAUGAGAUGGCAACGGCUGCAUCCUCAUCAUCCCUGGAAAAAAGCUAUGAGCUCCCCGACGGUCAGGUCAUCACCAUUGGCAACGAGCGAUUCAGGUGUCCCGAGACUCUAUUCCAGCCAUCCUUUAUUGGCAUGGAAUUAUCAGGAAUCCAUGAAACCACCUACAACAGUAUCAUGAAAUGUGAUGUGGACAUCCGUAAAGACUUGUACGCUAACAUUGUGUUGUCUGGAGGUUCAACCAUGUAUCCCGGUAUCGCUGAUCGCAUGCAAAAAGAAAUCACAACACUGACUCCAAGCUCAAUGAAAGUCAAGAUCAUUGCUCCACCCGAGAGGAAAUACUCCGUCUGGAUUGGAGGAUCCAUCCUGGGUUCUCUCUCCACUUUUCAGGGGAUGUGGAUUAGCAAAGAGGAAUACGAUGAAAGUGGUCCCAGCAUUGUCCACAGAAAGUGUUUCUAGUACUUACUGUUUAACCAGUUGACCUUUGAACCGAUCUGUGAUGUUUGUUGUAAAUCAUUUAAAAUAACAAUUAGCUUAUCCAGAAUGAUUAUGAAAUGAACUUGAUUGAUUGAUUCAAAUAUAAUACAAAUACACUAGUAUGCAACUUACAAGUGAUAGUAUAUAAAAUAUGAUUAUGUAUGUUGUAACAUGUAUAAUAAAUAAUGAAAUCCC